UGCAACCAGAGCUCUACCCAUAAUUCUGCACACUGCAGUGGGGUGCAGGGGAGGGCAUGGUUGGGUGGCCUGCUGCCAAGAGGAGAACGUGGCUCUGGAGGCACAGGUAGACUCAGUUACAUAGAGAUGAGAACCUGUCCAGACAUGGGAAGGACACAGUGCAAUGGAGUCAGUGGGUUUAUCCUGCUACUGCUAUGCCCUUCUCUUCUCCCUGCAUGACUCCAGUCCUUAUCUGGACAGUCCCAUGUCAUACAGCCCUCCCCAUCACCUUCUGCCCACAAAGCCUCCCAGGAACAAGGCAUGAGCACACAGCUCAGCACUUCAAGUUUUUCAAAUACAGUGAUGCCAAUCCACAUAUAAUGUAGCAAAAGAGGUGUCCAUAUUCUCUGCAGUACAUGUUUCUGCAGUAAGGCAGCUGGUGGUACUCUGUACUCCACCAGCCCUCACACACCAUCUAUUUCUCUUCCUUAGCAGUUCCUCCUUAUGGGUUUCUUGUUUUGUCCCUUUUCAGCUCCCUUUUUCUUCUGUAGCAUCAGCAAUGAAGAAGAAACUGAUGAUGCUUUGAUGGUUCCUUGGCGCUGCCUUGCUCUUGUACAACAACUGCUCCGAAGACAGUUUCUGUGAACAGAGGUCAAACCUACAAAACCAAGCAGUUCCCUCUUCCAAGACGAGCCACAAUUAUAAAGGAGGACUGACAAAUGGCUGCUUGAGUGGAGCAUGAAUACAACCAUUGCUACACUGGCAAAUCUAUGCCUUCAGUUAGGCUGCAGGCAGGACAUGCUCCAAUAGAGUUUUGCACAUAUGCUCUGCACUACCAUUCAGGAUAUGCUGAUCCAGGGACAAACACUCAGCUGCUCUGCACAAAAAUCUAGUAGGAUCAAUUACAGGUCAGGUCACCUCAGUAAUUACCUCCCUGCAUUCUGCUUAUCUUUCCAGCAGUUUCUGUCUGCUUCUUUCUGACACUGGCACAGUGUCAGAAACAACAAGGUCAGGAGUGCUCCACUAAAUGUCUGUUGCCUAAUUGCUGUUUAGACCUUUCUAGCAGUAUCAGUCUUUAAUAACUAAGCAUGUAAUUUUUCCCUUUAUUUUUUAUUUUUAAUCAAUUUCUUAUCAAUCUCUCCUAUAGAUGAACAAACGGCUGUGAAGACUCCUUGGCUCCAGUGAAUUUUGUGACUAAUUACUGGCUCCCAGGACAUUUCUAACUGAGCAAACCAGCAAGUAUCCCAGGCUCAUGGAGUCAGCAGCACUGGUGACUACAGGCCCAGCAGCCACAGUGAAGGAUUAACAGGCCCUCCUAAAGCUGCAGCAAAGAAUGCUCCACACUAGUGGCCAUGUGAGUGGCUCCUGGGUGCAAGCACCGGGAAGACAAGUACCUUGCCAAGCCUUGUUCUUUGCUUACAUCCAGACAAAUGUUGCCAGGGAUUGUGCUGCAGCUCCCAGAUGCCUCAUGCUGGAGAAGUAUGAAGCAGUCUGUGACUCGUUGUUCCUACUUCACCCUGCAAGGUCUCAGGGAGAGCACUGAACCAGGUCAGAGCUCCUGGCCCAUGGCAGCCAGGCCUGGCCCUUCCCUCCCCAUCACGAGGCAGUAACAUCAGGAGCAGCCAGAAACAGAAGAGGAGAAAAAAAAGAAGAAAAAAAAAAGAGAAGCCAAAGCAAAGAUACAAGGUAAUGGGACUGAAGAAAAUUGCGGGAACACCUCCUGUGGAGUGAUGAACCGGAAUCCGACAGCAGCACUUAAGGACACAUCGCAAGUGCUGACGACAGGCCCCGUAAAAAAGUGCUUUUGUACGACAGGUGGUGAACUUCAGGACCACGCGGAGUUUCGGCGGAACGUGGGUAAAAUCCUGGGCCUCGCGCACCGAAGAACAGCGCUCAAGGGAAGGCGGCGCUGCGCGCGGCCCUCGCAGAGGAGCAGGACGACCCCAGGCGGAGGAGCGGAGACGUCCAGCCGCGGCACUGGGCACCGCCCCGCGGUCCUCCACUCCUCCCCCAGCGCUCGGCGCCGCGCGGGGCCAUGGCGGACAGGAGUUGCUCUCGAGCCCCGCGGGCGGGCGGCGGUGAGCGGCCGCAAGGGGAUGGGGACGGCCGGGGCUGGGCUCGGCACGGUAGUGCGGGCGGCGGACGUGAGGGACGCAGGAGGGAGAGGAGGGGUUGUGGAGAGAUUGCGCGGCUCCCGCCGCUGCCGCUCACGCCGUUGUCUGCCGGCAGCGCCGUGCCCGGAGCGGAGCCGCCGCGGGGCCGCGUCGACACGUCGGGGCUGCUGGAGUGCCGCCGCUGCCGCUACCUGCGCACGGGCCGGGCCUGCUGCCAGCUGGUGGGAGCGCUGCUCGCCGCGCUGAUCCUCGUCUGCAGCUCCGUAUCCUACGGCUCGGUGGGCGGCUACACGGGCGUCCCCGGCCAGGGCGGCAUCUACUACUACAUGUACGGCGGGGCGUACAGCGGCUUCAGCGGAGCAGACGGGGAGAAAGCCCAGGAGCUGGACCGGCGUUUCACCCAGCUCAAGAUGCCAAUAGCCAGGGCGGCGAUGUCCGUGGGAGGAGCCCUCCUGGUCUUCUCUUCCGCGCUGAUUUUGGUUGGCGUUGUACGGCUACCGUGGCGUUUUCCUGCAUGGCUCCUACUGGAAGGCGUCCUGGACACAGUGGUUGCAGGGGGUUUGCUGUUUGCUCUGUACUGUUUCUUCCAUCAUCUGCUGGGGGUUUAUGAUUCAUCAGUGUGCAAAGACAGAGCACACCUUUACCAAAGCAAAGGCUAUCAUGGCUUUAGCUGCAGCAUGCAUGGGGCAGAGAUUGCUGCUGGCCUCCUGGGCUGUGCGGCUGUCGUGACAUUCCUGCUUGGUGCAGGCCUGGCUGUCAGAGGGUACAGAAUAGUUCACAAACUGAAACAGAAGCCAGAACACAUGUAUAAAGAGUAGAAUUACUCCUCUGCUCCAGUAGUAGUCCUGAUUUUUGCCAGCCUUGUGGCAUGCUUUUACUUUCUUGGGGACAGUGCCUUCUUAUUACUAUAACAAAGCAUUCACCAAAAGCAUAGCUCCAAAUACAGUGAAACCAAGCUGUUCAAACUUAAAUUUGCACUGUUGAAUUAUUAGCAGACACAUACAGAUUGUCUUUAUCUGGUGGCUGUUCUGCCUCUCCAGCACAUAUCUGAGAGAGAAUGCAUUGCUAACUGCUGUUCUUAUAAACUCAGUAAUGCAUAGGCUUUGUCUAAAUAGCAAAACUAGUUUUGAAUGCUUGCAGCCUAGGAAGAUAAUUCAGCUUUGGAGAAGCCCUUGUUUCUGAAUGUCAAUGACUGAAAAGAGAGAUCACAUACCUGAGCUCUGGGUUUCCAACAUCAUACCCACAUACCCUCCUAGCAGUAGGGUAAUUAAUGUCAGUAGUCACUCAGAGCACAUCAAGUAGCAUGGCUAGGACGUGUUGCAGACACAUGCUGGUGAACAGCUUCCUACAGCUGAAUCUUUUACAAAGGGCCUGUGACUGUCCACUGAGAAUGGAACUCUUAAAAGUGAGCAUUGAAGCUGAUGGUUGCCAAUUCCUGCUUUGUAAAGGUCUCUUGGUACUAAAGGGGCAGCUUUAACAUGGCAUUUAUAUCGCCAUCAGAGACUCCUGAAAUAAACUUGUAGGGUGGUCAGCUUAAUUUGUGCCUUCUUUUUGCUCCCUUCUGGUGAGGGCACCUCUCUGGAUGGAGCACUCUGUUGUGUAUACUUGUAUACAACCAUUUUGCCUAAGAGCCCAGAGUUUGACUCAUCAGACGUAAGUUUUAAGAGCUCACAGAGGUGAUUUAAGAAGAAGGUGUGUUGUUUGCAAAACAUUUUUAGUGUACAAGGUAAGGAAACGAGACUGAUUCUGUGUUGUUUAUGAACAAAUAAAGGUGAAUUUUCUCUUCAGAACUUUGUUGGUUUUGUUUGUUUUUGUAGACUCAUCAAAGAAGAGAAGACUAGCACCAGAUUCAGGUAUCAUGCUCAGAAUGGAAAGCCAUUUCAGAGCAGUGCCCACAGAGUGCAUUAACCCCGUGAGAAUUAAUCUCCACUGGUUUAACAGGCCAACUCCAUCUCUAGAGGAGAAAAAAAAAAUAAAAAUCCCCAAAGCAGCAUAUUAAAAGCAUGCUCUGUCAUAGAUUUACCUCCAGUUUCACCAUUGACUAAAUCUUCGCAAUUUCUGAAGUCAUAGAACACUACUGCAACCAGAAAUACAAAAGUAAAUUCUUCACUGUAACACCUCAGGUGACUGCUGCUUCCUUUUAGCAGCCAUAUGCACUCAGCAUCUGAAUGCAUGGAUUUAUGUGGACAGGCCACUGUGGCCCUAUUUCUUCUACUGAUUCCAUACUGCUUGCUUGCUGCACUUACUUCUAAAGAGCUGUGUUAUUCACAAGUUCGCAGGGACUCCUCUGGUAGGGUACAGAGAGCUGCCCAAUAUUUGGUACUGCUAACUCUACUCUCAGUGAUCUGCAUAUACGUUUUGUAUGGAAGGCUGACUGAGUAGAAGUAGCACAGAACUCAAGGAGAGGGACCUUACAGCACAACUAUGGCUACCUCUAUGUGUGAUUGGGAUAUUGCACACACUCCCUCCAGUGCAGUAACAGACUCAGAAUAUAUAGUUAGACAAAAGUAAAAAUCUUUAUUGCUACGUCAUCUGAAAAGUUGAUGCAAAAAUAUUCUUCCUUCCUGAACUACUCUAUACAACUGAGUAAAGAAUCAUCAAAAUAAUGUUUUCCAGCAAUGGUAUUUGCCUCUCCAAUGCAGUAUACACAAAGGCCACAUUGCCGAAGGUGCAUUCAUGGAACAGUCCGUUCCUGUAUACUGUAAAAGAGGAAUUAUUACCACUGCAUGCUAGAGUGGGAUACAUGAAGUGUUUUCCUUUUUAAAACAGAAAGUGUGAAAAAAUAUUGUAAGAGGAGCGCUGCAAUAAUUCUUUAACGUGCACUGGGUCAUGAGUCAGAACAGCAACUGUUUUAAAAUGGAAAAAAAAAAAGGAGAAAAA